UUUCGCGCAUGCAUCGCGACAGUCAUCCGCCAGCUAUCUUGGCGUUAACAUUAUGUCCAUUUGACAUUUAUUUAUUAAUUCGAUUUAAUAAAUAUUAACUGUGUAUUUAUAUUUUUACUCAACUGUUACCUCGUGUAAUAUUAUAAUUAAUUAAAUAAUUAAUUAUUUAAAAUAAAAUAAUGUUGCAAUUUAAGAUGUGUACUGUGAAUUUUAUAAGUGAAGUUAAAUGUGUUGUGUGAUUUUGUAAUCAUUUAUUAUAAAAUAUAUAAAAAUGGAAAAAGUGGAAAAAGAUAAAAAAAAUUCAGACAUUACUAAUGAAGAAACAGAUUCAAUGGAAAUAAUACCAAGACCUGCGCCAAAACCUUUUACUAUAGAAAGUUUAAUUGGCAAUAGAGGACAAAUAAUAAAUAAUGUGGAUAAUUCAAAUAAUAAUAAAUUAAAGGCUAAUGAUGAGUCUGAACGUGAGAGAGAAUUACUUUAUCAGCAACGAUGUCUUGCUACAGUCUCCAGUGCUUUACCAGGAUUUGCAAUGCCAUUAAGUUUGUACAGUGCAGCAUACAAUUGGUUACCGAUGAGGAUUCAUGGUGGUGAUGGUGGCAUAACGUGUGGACCACUGGUCCCACCACAUCCGUCGGCGAACUAUCCCUCACAUCAAAAUAAUCAUCCGUUAUCCUCGAAUGGUUUAAACUUAAGUCUCACUGGACUUCAGCAUCAUCUACAAGGUGCCAUUUAUCCUGGCCACCGCGAUUCCUCCUGCAACAUUAACAAUAACGCUGUAAUGACUGACAGUGAAGAAGAUGAUGGAAGUUUAUCUCCAGUUCAGUAUCUCUCUAAAUCACAACACGACUCAGAGAGCGGUAGAAUGUCAGCUGAAAGUGACGACGAGGGUGUUAAUGACAGCGUAAGUGGACGACGAGAGUCAUCAAAUUCAGCAGGAUCCACAGCGGCAAGUAAUAGCAAAGCAAGAAGAAGAAGAACAGCUUUUACAUCAGAGCAAUUACUUGAACUCGAGCGCGAAUUUCAUGCGAAAAAAUAUCUAAGUCUUACAGAGCGCUCGCAUAUUGCCAACACCUUGAAAUUAUCCGAGGUCCAGGUGAAAAUUUGGUUUCAAAACCGGCGCGCUAAGUGGAAACGAGUCAAAGCUGGGUUGACAGCCGGCAGCGCGAGUUCUGUCGGACGUAGCGGACACAAUGGACAGCCUGGUAAUGGACCACGUAUCGUCGUGCCCAUUCCCGUCCACGUCAGCAGGCUUGCAGUCCGCUCCCACCAUCACCAUCUAGAAAAAUGCCCCCAACCAGCGCCCAAUAGGUCCACGAACUCACCCUCCAUCAGCGCUGGACUAAGAUUAGGCUCAAGUAUUUCGGGACUAAAUCACCAAUUAGGUUCCAAUGCCGGCUUACGAGCUUUCACUGCAGUACCAGUCCACCAACAGAGUACACCAGGAAGAUAGCUGAGCAUUUGAAUAUAAUUAGUCUCUAGUUAAUUAUCAUUAACAUUAGUUAUGUUUUUUUUUCUAAAGUAUAGCAAUACAUUUUUUAAUGCUAAGAUUUUUUUAUUUAAUUUUAUUUCUUUACCAAAUAUAAUCUCUAUGUAACUAACAAUGCUCUUAUAGGAUUUAUUAUUUAUCAUUUUGUGAUAUAAAUAUUAUUAUAUAUAAUACAUAUAUAUUUUUAUUUAAAUUUAUAUUUACAUUUUGGUAAACAAUCUUUAAAAGCAGCUUGUCGCGAUCAACAGAACAAGACUUUUAACGAUUAUUAUAAUUAUUAUUAUUAUUAUUAUUACUUAUAUUUUAAACAGUCGAACAAAGAAAAUUGAAAUUUAAAAUGUAUGUUGUGGCCACACCCGUCGCAUCAUUUACUACGAUACAUAUUUUAUCUGAUCAACAUCUCCGCUAAGCGGAUUCAGUUAUCAAGUGAUUGAAUCGUUAAAGAUUGUAAUAUUAUUAUCAUUCUUUGUUUUUUUUUCCUCUUCUCAUUCUACAGAAGCAUAAGAUUAUAUUUUAUUGAUCGAAUUUCGCAUCAGACAGUUAUGUAUACGUAAUGCAAUCAAACUAAAGGUGAUGAUGUGGAUUUACAGCGAGCAUUUUAUUGAUGUAUAUAUUUAUAUAUAUUAUUAUUAUCAUUAUAUAUACAUAAAUGUUAUGAACUUUAAAAAGUUAACACCUGUAAAUAAAGAAAAAAUGCUCAUAAAUGCAUAUAUUAUAUUGUAAAACGAGCAUCAAAUAUAUAACCCUAUUGCGAUGUACAUAAAUAUGUAGUGAUAUAGCGAGCUCUAGAUGUAUGGCAUUGUAUAGUUACAUAGAUUUAAAAAUGCAUGAAAAAAAUUAUGCAAAACUAUAAUUUUAGGUACAAUAAUUAUUUAUGAUAUAUAUAAAUUUAUCUCCAAACUUAUGCAAUA